UAAUGUUGACUAGACUACGGUUGCGGGUAUUAUCAUUAUGCGCGCCGCCGGCCGGCUUCUGGGUUUGCCCCGCCCUGCCCCGCCUGGACCUGAGCUGUCCUGACUUUUAAGUCUGCCUCGCCCCUCGGUGUAGUGCGCUUGCAUGCUUUCCUGAUUGGAGAGCGAUAGCGUGAGAGGGGGGAGGGGUGGCAGGCAGGGCGGGGGCAAAGGAGAAGGGAAAGAGGGGGACUAAGGAAAAAGAGGAGGAAGAAGAAGAAGAAUAAGAAGAAGGCCGAAGCCGAGAAAGAGAGAGCAGAAGCCCAGACGAUGAGAGAAAGAGGUGAGCGGCGACGUGCGCACGCCCAUGGAGAGAGAGACAGAGACGGAGAGAGAAACGACACAGGAGAGAGAAAAAUAUCCACGCUUCCACUCCACAUCCACACAGUCUCUCUAUAUACCACCCACUCAACACACUCAAUCAUAUACACCCCCUCAUCGCUUAUUCGACCGACCGACCGACCGUCCGUUCGUUCGUUAGUUCGCCCGCGCUCCGCGCAAAGGGUAUAUCGAAACCGACAGCAACAGCCCGACAACAAACAAACGGAAACAGAGCCUCAAUCCGCCAACAAAAGAAAAAGGAAAAGGAAAAAAAGGUGCGCAGAGAUGUACAGGCGCGCAGAGAAAUGUAACAUGAGAAGAAAUAGGGACAGUAAAAAGAAAAGAAGAGGAAAGGAAAUAAGAAGAAAGGAAAGAUAAAUGGUAAGGAAAAUGCAAGGAAAUGCUAAAGAAAAUAGCAACAGGAAAGAAAAGCAACCCUAUAAAUCGCCACGCUCCGUUAAAUCCCUCCGUCCUG